ACACGCAUAAAAAAAAAACCUUUGUGUUUUGUCUCUCAUCAUUGCAUAUACAUAACUCCUUUCAUUGGGGAUUAUUGGGGCCUUUAAUCUUCCUUGCUCCGUACGUCCCCUUUUGUCUCUUCUUCGAGGAAAUCAAGACGCAUUACAACUGAAAUGACAAACUGCUGAAUAGUAUUAAAUCGGGUUGACUUUUACCCAGUUGUGCGUUGACUUGGCUUUAAAGAGGCUAUCGGAUCAAUAAUUCGAAAUAUCGCAGCAGAUUUUAUGAAUGGAUCAAGAUGGAAACACGCUCCCGUAUGUCUUCAACCCUCUAGUAAAAACCAGCUGAACGAUAUGCGCCAACCGGGAGCCAUGUCAUCACAGAAUCCUCCAUCAGCUUUUGUUGGUUUGACUGGUCAAAACAAUGCAAUGUCGUGGGGUCCAGAAUCACUCGACGAUCUUCUUCGAUUUCCCGAAAAUGUUAGUGGUGGGAGCUUACAAAUCGAGCCUCAAAAUGGUUUGCUUCCUGUUGGUGAUCGUGAUAGGGGAACGGGAACCGACUGGCAGAAAUGGGGAGUUGACUUUAUGAGCGUUGAUGUUAAUAUUGACUCGAAUUGGAGCGAAAUUUUGGCUGAUGUUGAUGCUCCAACUCUAGAAUCCAAGCCAUUGCAAAUCACUCUUCCUGUUCUUGGGCCAAGUAUAGAAGCAUGUCCAGUCAGCAGCCCGUCAUCAACUGGGCCCGUUAAACCUCGCAUGCGUUGGACGCCAGAACUCCAUGAAUCCUUUGUUGAAGCAGUCAACAAGUUGGGUGGCAGUGAACGAGCUACACCUAAAGGUGUUUUGAAGCUCAUGAAUGUUGACGGUUUGACGAUUUAUCAUGUGAAAAGCCAUUUACAGAAAUAUAGAACAGCUAGGUACAAGCCAGAGUUAUCUGAAGGAACAUCUGAGAAGAAAUCAACUUCAAUUGAUGAGAUGGUAGCAAUGGAUAUUAAAAACAAGAGUUUGGGGUUCACCGAUGCGUUAAAGUUGCAGAUGGAAGUACAAAAGCAACUUCACGAACAGCUUGAGAUCCAAAGACACUUACAGUUACGAAUAGAAGAACAAGGAAAAUACCUCCAAAUGAUGUUUGAGCAACAAAGAAAAAUGGAAACCGAAAGGGUAAAGCCGUCAUCAUCUAAUCCAAAUGACGAUUCUGCCCCUCCAACCAACACAACUGAAAAACUUAAAGCUUUAGCGCAUGAUGAUGAUCAAUGCAUAUCAAAUAAAACGAAGAAGUCAACGGACGUGCAUAGUCAAAAGUCAAAGUCAAAGUCAACGCCACAAGUAGAAGCACGAGAUGUUAACAAAUUUAAUAUCAACGGUGGAUGUAACCCGCACCCUUCAAAGCGGGCCAGAUCUGAUCAAGCAUCAAUGUCUUGAAUUGUAAUGAUCAGUUUUAAAACUUUCUACCGCUCAACAUUGUUAAGAAUAUAGGGUUUUUUUUUUUUUUUUUUUUUUUUUUUUUUUUUUUUUUUGCAUCUGGAGAUUGAUUCUGGAUCUUUCAAGUGAUGUUAGGUCUUUUGUUUAGUAGAAAUAAUUAAAAUCUAAUGAACAAGUUUGUGCUCA